CAACCUUCUUUUCUUUAGCAAAUCAUCAGAAUCAAUUCAUUACACCUUCUCUCAUUCCACUUAAUUAUCUUAUGAUUCCACUUGGCAGGCUAGACAUCGAAUUCGUUAAAUUAGUUUGGUCAUUAUUAUUUCCAUUUCGACCACAAGUGACUUACGUACGACAGUUUGGUUAUGUCCGUGGCCUUUUAUUACCUGUGCUUAAGGAUUAAGGCUCAGAAUCUUUUCUCUCCAUUCUGAUUAAUUUUUGUGUGUUCUAUAAUCUGUGCUGUGUACAUAACGGAAGGUUCUGGUAGUGUGUGCCAUUUUUGAGUAUGAAACUUGACUUUUCAUGGAACGGGAAGCACGAAGAUGAAAUGCUACGAAAAUAAUCAGACCUAAACGAGAGGAAGUAACAGGAUGACGGAGAAUAUUUUUUUCGCACAGUGAAGAACUUUUUGUUGCUGCCUCCAUCAUCUGCCCUGAUGAAGAAGUGCAUUGAUUAUUUGAAAGUUGUACCUGAUUUGUGUAGUGAGACAUGUCUCACACCUUCUCAUGAUGGAAAUCAGGUCAUCAGUAUAAAAGCUGAAGAUUUCACAGAUACAGAAAAUGAGGAGGAUGAUCCUCUGCUAAUACAAUUUCCAGUAAUAAAGCCUGAAUUUGAGCAGAACAUAGAUUUAAUCAAAGUAGAAAAUGAUGUGGAUAUUCUGAGCGAAGAAGAUUCUGUUGGCCUGGGAACUGAUGAGGUGUAUGUACCAUCAGUAUUUUCCAUAAAGAAGCCUGAACUUGAGAACUGCGUUGAAGUACCUAGUUCGUGCAGUGAGACACGUCUCCCAUCUUCUCAUGAUGGUAAUGAGGUCAUUGAUAUAAAAGUUGAAGGUACCACAUAUGUACAAGAACAGGAGGAUAGCUUGCUAAAGAAUUUUCCAGCAGUACAGACUGAUCACGAGAGUCUUCUGAAUGAAGGUAAUCUGAUACAUGGUGAGGAGCGUGCAUAUUCCUGCAAUGUGUGUAAUAAAUCGUUCAGUUGGAGGAGUCAUUUGAUGAUUCACCAGCGCAUACAUAGUGGUGAGCGGCCAUAUACCUGUGAUGUGUGUAAUAAGUCUUUUGGUCGGAGAAAUCAUCUGAAGAUACAUCAAAGCACACACAGUGGGGAGCAGCCACAUUCUUGUGAUGUGUGUAAUAAAGCUUUCAGUCGUAGGAGUCUCCUGAAGAGGCAUCUACAUGUACAUAGUGGGGAGCGGCCCUAUUCCUGUCAUUUAUGUAAUAAAUCAUUCAGUCAGAGGAGUCAUCUCAAGGUACAUCAACGCAUACAUAGUGGGGAGCGGCCAUAUUCUUGCAAUAAAUGUGAUAAGUCCUUCAGUAGGAGGAGUAUUCUGAAGGGACAUAUGCUUAUAUUUAUUAAAAACAUCACACAGGAAACUGUCCACACUCCACCGUGUAUGUGCUGA